CUCAUGUACUGCCUGCCCACCAGGGGAACAUAACAUACAUACCCACAGUAAAAACUCCUCUAAUUUGCAUUCAAGUGCCAGGCUCUCAAAGUCUGAGCACGGGAGCAUGAAAAAUAUCUUUCAUUGAGGCGAAGUGAGGGAUGUGAGAUUGACAACUGUGCUCAUGGCUUGGCCCAGCGUUGUCUCUGCCAUCUUUCUUCUUCUUCAUGCUUUUUCUGCAACUGCUCAGAUACCAGGUAGUUUUAUGCUCAGGGGUUUCGGUGUCGCUCUGUUUGGGAUUCGAGAGGCUCGAACACGCUACCACUUCCCACGGUUUAAAAUUAGGUUUUAUAAGUCUGGAUUGUGGAGGGAAACAUGCUUCAAUAGAUAGAAACGGACUUCAGUGGAUUCCUGAUGACAGUUUCAUUUCUGGAGGUUUUGUAGCAAGUAUCUCAGUUACGGGUGAAACUAGAAAGCAUUAUCAAACUGUAAGAUACUUCCCUGCUGAUGAAAGGAAAUACUGUUACACAUUGCAUGUGAAGGAACGGACAAGGUACCUUGUAAGAGCAACUUUCUUGUAUGGGAACUUUGACAAAAGUAGUACAUAUCCAACAUUUGACAUCUCGCUUGGUGCAACCUACUGGUCAACAGUUGCAAUAUCUGACAUUGACAUCCCAAAAAUAAAAGAGUUGAUCUUAUUAGCUCAGUCUAGUUCCAUAAGUGUGUGCCUAUCAAAUGCUUCAACUGGAACCCCAUUUAUUUCCACUCUUGAACUUCGUCAAUUUAAUGGAUCCAUGUACUAUACAGAUUUCGAAACUCAAUUUUUUCUUCAUGUUUCAGCAAGGAUAAACUUUGGUGCUUCCAACAAUGAUUCAAUCAGAUAUCCAGAUGAUCCAUAUGAUAGAAUUUGGGAGUCUGAUGCUGAUAAAAGGGCAAACUUUCUAGUAGAUGUAGCUUCGGGCACUACCAAAAUUCAAACGAAUCGGUCCAUUGAUACUGCAAGAGAUGAGUACCCUCCAGAGAAAGUGAUGCAAACAGCUGUUGUAGGUGAAAGGGGACUUUUGUCAUAUCGGACAGAUUUGGAUGGAUUUCCUGGAUAUGGCUGGGCUUUCUCUUAUUUUGCUGAAAUUGAGGAUUUAGGCCCAAGAGAAGCUCGCAAAUUUAAACUUAAUCUCCCAAAUGUACCCGAUUAUAAUAAUUUGACCAUCAAUGUUCAGGAGAAUGCUCAAGGCAGCUACAAAUUAUAUGAGCCAGGGUAUGCCAAUGUAUCACUUCCAUUUGUAGUGUCAUUUGCAUUUGUAAAAAAGCGGGACUCAUCUCGAGGUCCAAUUUUGAAUGCAUUGGAGGUAAACAAGUAUGUGACGAUAAACUUUGGCACACAAGAUGCUGCUGCACUAUCUAGCUUGAUUGCCUUAUAUCCUUCAGCAGAUUGGGCACUUGAAGGUGGAGAUCCUUGCUUGCCAGUUCCAUGGACAUGGGUGCGGUGUAGCUCAGAUGGACAACCAAGGGUUACUGCAAUCCUUCUCUCAGGAAAGAACUUGUCAGGUCAGAUACCUCUAGAAAUAUUGAAUCUCACAGCCUUGACUGAUCUGUUGCUUGAUCACAACUCUUUGAAUGGUCCGAUACCUGAUUUUAGUGCAUUAAUUAAGCUACAGAGAUUGCAUCUUGAAGACAACCAGUUAAAGGGUUCCCUACCUGUAUCUUUGGCUGAUUUACCAGACCUGAAAGAACUGUAUGUGCAGAAUAAUUCGUUGUCUGGAAGUGUGUCUCACCAGAUUCUGGACAAAAGCCUAAUUCUAAAUUAUUCUGGAAAUGCAAAUCUCAUUAUUAAAGGAUCCGGAAGGAAUCAUGUGGCAAUUAUUGCCAGUACUAUUGGAGCUUUUUCACUUCUUUCAGCUGUAGCAAUUACUGUUUUCUAUGUAUGCUUUUGGAGGCACUCAACUAAAGAAGCUACAGAAAAAAGUGAUACAAUGGAAAUCCAAACAGCCACCUCGCAUAUCUCUGUAUCAGAAGAGAGUGAAGAUGUGCUGAAGGAUAUUACAAUAGAAAUGACACACUGUUUUACAUUAGCGGAGUUAGAAGUCGCAACUGAGGGGUUUAAAAAAAAGAUUGGCUCUGGUGGCUUUGGACCUGUCUACUAUGGAACCACAAAGGACGGCAAAGAAGUUGCAGUAAAGGUUUUGUCAAGUGAUUCCCAGCAAGGAAAAAGAGAGUUUCUGAAUGAGGUUGCUCUGAUGUCAAGGAUACAUCAUCGGAACCUUGUUGCUUUACUUGGUUAUUGCCAAGAUCAAGGGAAAAAUAUUCUUGUCUAUGAAUACAUGCAUAAUGGAACUUUACGAGAGCAUCUUCAUGGCUCUGUCAGUCGAGAACAUCCUUUGGAUUGGAUCAGCCGACUUGAACUUGCUGAAGACGCAGCUAAAGGCAUUGAAUAUCUCCACACAGGAUGCAAUCCAAGUAUCAUACAUCGGGAUUUGAAGAGCAGCAAUAUCCUUCUUGACAAUGAAAUGAGGGCAAAGGUUUCUGACUUUGGGCUUUCGAGAUUAGCAGCAAAUGGAACAAGUCAUAUAUCAAGCAUAGUCCGAGGAACUGUUGGCUACUUGGAUCCUGAGUAUUACGUCUCUCAGCAAUUGACUGAAAAAAGUGAUGUUUAUAGUUUUGGUGUUGUACUCCUGGAAAUGCUUUCUGGUCAAGAAGCCAUAUCUAAUGAGAGCUUUGGGGUUGAAUUCCGCAACAUAGUACAAUGGGCAAGAUUCCAUAUUGACAAAGGAGAUAUUCAACGGCUUAUAGACCCAGCCCUAGGAACAAAUUUCAACAUCCAGUCUGUAUGGAAGAUUGCAGAAAAAGCAAUGCUUUGUGUUCAGCCAUAUGGAAAACUACGGCCAACAAUGUCAGAUGUGGUGAAGGAGAUACAAGAGGCAAUUAACAUUGAGAAAGAACCUGAAUCUUCAGAUGAGGAACAUUUUGAUAUGAUGUCAAGACAUUCAAGACACUCUUCACUUAUCUCAAACACUCUUGAUUCUAUCGUCUCAGACCCGUCGCUCUCUUUGGAUGACUCUAUUAUAUUGCCAAGUGCUAGAUAGUUUUGGUUAGAAAGUUGCCAGGAGCCGAGCAUAUCUUGUACAAGAUCAUAUAGAAAAUGGGUGGCUAUCUAUUUAAUGAAUUCUAUCAGAAAGUCUGACCCAAAUCAUUUAUUGUCUCAAAGAAUUUGUAUGCAGUUUGAUCAGUUCUAUACAAAAGCUCACGAACUGCAGAAGGUUAAAGAAUCUCCAACAGAACUUUUGUUCUUGCUCUGUGACAUUAGAUUAUUCUUAUUCUUUGUAUUUCACCAUAAUGAGAUCCGUUUAUGAUCUUCAAUGUAAAUUCAUCUGAAAUGGUUGCAUUUGGUUA